AUGUUGAAAUUGUGUAAGGUUCUGUUGGAAGAAUUGUGUUUGUGGCCCUUGGCAACGUCACCAUCAAUGAAUAAACGAUCAAUUUUCCGCUAUGCUGUGAAUUUGUCCAUCGAAACGACAGUAUUGACCACUACAUUAAUAUAUGUGCUUCAAAAUCUACAAAAUAUUGAUGAAGCGACUGAACCAGGAUUUGCCUGUUUUGCUUAUGCAACUUCAAUGUUCAUUUACGUCUGGAUGAUUUCAAAAAAACACUUGAUCAGUUCAUCGAUUGACCACUUGGAAUGCUGCGUAAAUGAAAGGACAAAGUUCAACGCAGAUGUGAGUGAAUCGAAUGAAAGAACCGAGACAGAAGCCAUUUAUGAACAAGCCGAACAACAAUACACCAAACUGUCACGUCGAUAUAUCCUCAGUUGGUCGGUCAUUGUCUGUUUGUACGCUUUUAUUUUGACGAUAAUUCCAGUGAGUGAUAUGUGGCAUGGUCAAACGGAUGCCAGCAAUUGGCCAACUCUCUUCAAAUCAGUAUAUCCACUUGACUCACGCAAAAUGUCCACCUUUUCCAUUCACUACACGCUGGAUUUUAUGGCAGUGUUUGUUCAUGUUUCAAUUUAUGCAGCAUCAAGUACGUUUCACAUGGCCACCGCUCAGUAUGUUUCAGCCAUGAUUCUGGACACGACAUCAAUUUUGCAACGAUGUGACAUCAACACAACGACCAAUGAUUUAAAAUUAGCGUCUGUUCAGGAUGUAACCAUCAACAAUACCUUGAACAAAGCGGUCGAUCUGCAUGCGAAUGUUCUGGCUUUAACAAAGGUAUUGCUCAAAAUCAUGUCAGGCGUUCUGUUUAUAAUAAUAAUAAACAGCAUCAUUUUCUGUGCGCUUUGUCUUUUUCAAAUGGAAACGAAAACCAAGGCUGGAGCUUUUGAGGUUUAUGUGAGCUUAAAUUCGGUAACACUUCAAGGUGCGUUGAUUUGGUUCUUCUGCUAUCACAGUGCACUGGUUGCGAUGCGAAUGGGUGAAGUGUCGAACGUUGCAUACGCAUUGCCUUGGUAUCACUUUUCCAUCACUUCACAAAAGGGUGUUAUGAUGAUGUUGCGUCAGUCAAACAAACAUUUUGCCUAUCGUGGCUUUGGUAUUCUUCAGUGUGAUUUGCAGACACUUAAAAUGAUGAUCAAUUCAGUUGUUUCUUAUUAUUUGCUAUUGAAGAAGAUGUAAGACCAAAAAAAAAAACACUUCAAAUAAUGAAAUUGAUUAAUUUGAAUGAUUAGUGAUUAAAAGUGAUUCAAUGUCGGAAGAGAAUACUUACCAUUGAAGAUUAUUGUAAU